AUGCAGUUACCCAGGAUGCUUCAGGGGCCAUACCGGAACCUGGACGGGGAUCGCCCGCUUUUCCAGCUCCCCUACACCAUCUUCACCAUCGGGACACUUGCGCUCCCUAUUACUGGACUUGUUGUCUCCCUGUUCGUUGCUCUCAUAUACCACUUUGAAGAUGCUAUAUACACACACUGUCGUGUGUCCAAUUACCUCCCGUCCAUCAGUGCCGCCAUCAGCCGCGUGCCGGAGCGCUACAUCUGGCGCUGCUGCAUCGCCUUGCACUCGGCUCCCCGGCUCCUGAUGGCCGCCUCUUAUUUUAGCUUCUAUCGCCGUCGCUUCGCUGCAAAGCUUCCUGAGCUGGUCCUGAGCGGGAUGGCGUUGUUGUGCAGCCUCACGGAAAACUCUGCCCUGUUGCUGCUCACAUACGUGGCGUCCACAGAGGACUACACUGUUCACAAAAACUGCUUCUUCGUGUUCAUCGUGAGCUCGCUGCUGCACAUGCUCAUUACGUGCAGACUGUGGCAUGUCAUCAACAGACGCUAUGUGAGCCCAGAGGAGGUGAAGUCGUACAGGUGGAAGCUGCGCCUGUUCUUGUUCAACGUGAGCAGCUGCGUGGCGGCUGCGUACUUCUUCAGACGCCACAACCAGCACUGCGAGGCCGGAGGGUCAAACAAAUCUACAGUUCUCCCUCGCAAUAUCGCUGGUCGAUUAUCGCGCCCUCGCUAUAGUCAAAACACAUAAAAUACAAGUGAAAUGUAGUAUUCUGGUCACUAGGUGGAAGUAAUGACACAAAACAUUCCUGACAUUCAUGACCUUACAUCACAUUACCUUAACACUGCAUUAAGUCAUUCAUGGCAUGUCUGACAAGAUAGAGUGGAAAAAAAUGUCUCCUCCCAUUCCGUGUGGAAGUGGUAAGUUUCUGGCUUCUGAAGUUUAGAAGAAAUACAUUAGAGGCUAACUUGCUUGCUAGCUAGCGGUCGUCUCGAGUCCCUGCGGCAUAAGAGUUGCGCAAUGUGAUGUAAACAAUGAAUAAUAGGCACGUUAUAAUGUUAAAGAACAUAUUUAGAAAGUCAGAAACAGGUUUUCUGUGCUCUAACUACGAAAAUAUUCAAUUUAUUCACAUUGAAUCCCAUAUCGUGGAAAUUCAUUUAACUGAAAUCUGAAGCAGCAUUUACCUUGCAGUACAGCCAAUCAAAGCAUUGAUCUUGCCUACCACCUCUUGACGGGUUCCUUUUUUAUAUGCAUUGCACCAUCAUGAAAUGAAAGGGCGUUAAAUCAAUAAAAAGGUCAUUAAACAAAUAAAUCGAUCAUUGAAUAAAUACAUUGGUUAUAAACUGAAGAAAUAAAAAGGUCAGGUAAUAAAUCUACUUUUCACAAUGAAAUGAAUUGGUUUGUUAUUUCCGAUUAUACUGUGUUUCACAAUUUCAUGUUUUUAAUAUAUUAAUAAUGAUUUAUUUAAUUGUGCUAUAAGAAGCCAAGUGCUGUUCCAGCCAAUCAGAAACUUUGAAAAGCAACCGCAGCUACAUUCUGACAAUGCUGUUUUUUUUUUUAGUGAGAGAUGAACUGUACAUUUAUGCAUUCUUUAACUUCAUGUACUUUAAGUAUGCUUAAACACAGCACUGGUUUGUCUGUCAUGGCACAAAAUGCUGUUUUGGAAAGUGUUCUCCUGUAGCUACAUUCCGUCCACUCACUGUAACUGACACUGCAUUUCUGCCGUUCUCAGUCUACACGCUGUUUGCCCUGUGUGAGUACCUGGUGGUCUUCUCCAACAUAGCUUUCCACGGCACGGUGUACUGGGACUUUGAAAACCAAAUGGUCAUGGUGGCCACACCCCCUGAAGACAAACGAUACUGAAACAACAGUGGACUCUUAAACACACACACACACACGACUGUGAACCCUUAAAACUGCAGCACCUGAACUGCCUAUGAAGUGUAACGAGCUGACAUUUUGCACUUCUGGCGACCAAAAACACUCGAGGUUCUUGUUUACACGAAAUCCUCUACGUCCAAGUAGCGUGAGUCACUGUAUAUGCUCUUACUUGUGAAGUCGCACAUUACCGAGCAGCGCCUCUUGUGGCCACCGUUGGUAUAUUUCAUUCAUUGCUGAAAAAUGAACGCGUGACUGCUCAUCGUCAUCAUUAGCAACUCGAGAAAGCGCCGAGAAUCUGCAGACAGGAAGCGGAAGCGACCUCCUGCGUCUCGAGGAGACGUUGCGAAGGAAAAGGCGACAUCCUGAAAGAGCGGCCACCUCCAGUCUGAUCUGCUUCUAAAGAUGUUUCCUCCCCGAGGCCUCUGCAGGAAAUGUUGAUUCAGUCUGUCAGCUUUCACGCCGUCUUUGGAUAAUCAUAGAGAAUGUGAGCAUCUGAAACAUUUAAUUGACACUUAAAUUGUUUUCAUGUAAUGCAUAUAACUUGAGUAUUAUGAUUGGAAUGCUUGGUGAUUAAAACAAAUCUUCCCUAACUUAUUGGACUACGAUGAAACUUACUUUUGUGAUUUUUUUUCAAUUUCUAUUAUUGUUAUAACAUGUAAUUACAAUUGUAUCAUAAAAUCCAUAUAUAUUUUUCUAUUUUAUAUUACAAAAUAGUUUUUUGUAAAUUUUUAGACAUUUCUGUGACAUAUUACUCUUCACUGAUCUGUUAAGAAACAUGUUUCCGUACGUGAUGUGUGUGUGUACUGUAUGUAUAAUAAA